CUCCCGCCGCCUGCCGGGAUCGAGGCGGAGCGGCGCGGAGGACUUCCGGCGGCUGAGGGGAGCGGAGCGGGGGCGCCGGCGCCGCCAUCGCCAUGUCGACAUCGCUGGGCUCCAACACCUACAACCGGCAGAACUGGGAGGACGCGGACUUCCCUAUUCUGUGUCAGACAUGUCUUGGAGAAAACCCAUAUAUUCGAAUGACCAAAGAAAAAUAUGGAAAAGAAUGCAAGAUUUGUGCCAGGCCUUUCACAGUAUUCCGCUGGUGCCCUGGUGUUCGUAUGCGUUUCAAGAAAACAGAAGUAUGCCAGACAUGCAGCAAGCUGAAGAAUGUCUGUCAGACCUGUCUGCUUGAUCUGGAAUAUGGUUUGCCUAUUCAAGUCCGGGAUGCAGGACUCUCCCUUAAGGAUGAAAUGCCUAAGUCCGACGUCAAUAAAGAGUACUACACCCAAAACAUGGAACGAGAGAUAUCCAAUUCUGAUGGCACUAGACCAGUUGGUGCACUAGGAAAAGCUACUUCCACCAGCGACAUGCUGCUGAAGCUGGCUCGGACCACUCCUUACUAUAAACGUAACCGUCCUCACAUCUGUUCCUUCUGGGUAAAAGGAGAAUGCAAGAGGGGAGAAGAGUGUCCCUACAGACAUGAGAAACCUACAGAUCCAGAUGAUCCUUUGGCUGAUCAGAACAUCAAAGAUCGUUACUAUGGAAUUAAUGAUCCUGUGGCUGAUAAACUUCUGAAACGAGCGUCAACCAUGCCUCGUCUAGACCCCCCUGAUGACAAGACUAUUACUACACUGUAUGUUGGAGGGCUUGGAGAUACUAUCACUGAAUCAGAUCUCAGAAAUCACUUCUACCAGUUUGGGGAGAUUCGGACGAUAACUGUAGUGCAGAGACAACAGUGUGCUUUCAUCCAGUUUGCCACCCGGCAAGCUGCAGAAGUGGCUGCUGAGAAAUCCUUCAACAAACUCAUUGUCAAUGGUCGCAGGCUCAAUGUCAAAUGGGGAAGGUCCCAGGCAGCAAGAGGAAAAGAAAAGGACAAGGAAGGUACUACAGAAUCUGGGAUAAAGCUGGAGCCAGUUCCAGGACUUCCCGGAGCUCUCCCCCCUCCUCCAGCUGCAGAAGAGGAGGCUUCUGCAAAUUACUUCAACCUACCUCCAAGUGGCCCUCCAGCCGUGGUUAACAUUGCCUUGCCACCUCCUCCUGGCAUUGCUCCGCCACCACCUCCAGCAGGUUUCGGACCACACAUGUUCCACGCCAUGGGGCCCCCGCCUCCCUUCAUGAGAGCCCCAGGCCCCAUUCACUACCCGUCUCAAGAUCCCCAGAGGAUGGGUGCCCACGCGGGAAAGCACAGCAGCCCCUAGCAGGUCGUGCCACCCUCAUCAUUUAAGUAAAUGUUAUUUUCUAGUUACCAUGGUAGCACCAUAAGUUGAGCUGUGGGUGAGCUAGAGAAGCCUUAUUUCCCUGCUUGCAGACACUGGGCAAGCUGAGCUCCGUGUCUCCGCUAGCUAAUCGGAUUGUUGAUACAUCCCAGAUCUUUCAUUUAGUGUGGGGAGGGUGGGGAGGGGUGGGGGGCAGACAGAAGGGCUGUCGGGUGUCUGUGGAUCAGGUGUACCAGAAUUACAGUGCUAUCCGUGUAUCCCGUUUGCACACUUUUGAAAUAAACUUCUGGAAAAACAAAACCAAGCCCUUUUCAAGCCCAUUUGAUAUGCUCAGUCUGAACACUAUGGACUAUUAAAUUGUAACCAGAGACUCUGUCAGGUAACUAAUGACUUAUUAUUCUAAUGAGGUAUUACACCAGGACUGAAUAAGAGCUGAAAAACAAGCUUAUCAGAUGUGCCAAACCCAUGGCUUUGCCUUACUAUUGCCACAGAAUUUUCCUUCCUCUUUUUUCCUGACUUCUUGCUUAAAAAAAAAAAAAAAAACCAAACCAAAACUUUUGUUGAUGCUUCACUUCUAAUCCUGCAUGGCUGGAGCAAGAUAAGUGUUAGGUCACGUGAGCAGCCCCUGGCUAGUGCAGGCGUGACGUGGAGUGACCGUUUAGCAGUUGCCUGUUUUAGCCUGGUGAAGGCCCUCUCGGUGGCCCCCAGAGGCUGGGCUGGUGUUGCUGACAGCUGCAAGGGGAGGAUGUGAUGCAGCUGCAAGCUUGUCUGGGGUAUAUUUGGAGCAUGAUUGGGGCUUUGGAGGCCUGUGGAUACGGUCUCCUCUUAAACUGUGAGAUGGAUCCCACUUCGUCCUGCUUUGAUAAGACCUGAAACUUUUCUUUCUGUGCUCCAACUAUAGUGUUUGCCCAGGAGCAACUGUGUCCUGCAUGGAGCCUGGCGUUGAGUAAGAUGUAUGUACACGUGGCUGGAGGAUUUUGAGUUUAUCUGUAUGUCAACUGCUUUCAGGCAAUGGAUCUGUGGACAUCUUUCUGUAAAGCAAAACAUGAUGGGACCUGUUCUGAAGCUUCAUUUGCUUGU